AUGCAAUUAACAUGCAUACUUGCUGUUGUGAAUGGAAAAUCGAAGUUGCAGGAUGACGAAGAGAAGGAAAAGACCGUAACAGUAGCCACGGAUGGCGAUCCGGGCGUGCAUCGUCAUAAAAUAUCGUUAUUCAAGUUUCAGUGGGAGCACGUUAGCGUACCGCUUACAAUUUCGUUUUGGUUUUUUACAGUAACUAUUAUGAAAGUUGUUUUUCAUCGUUUUCAACGUGUACACAGUUUAUUACCGGAUUCAGCUCUCUUGAUUAUUCUUGGCCUCUUUUUCGGCUAUGUAUUCCAUGUUGUUUAUCCUGAUGAGGUAGACUUCUUUGUGCUUAUAAGGCAUGAAUAUCAUCGAAGCUCCAAGAUUAAACUUCUUCACUGUGAGCUUCCGAAGUUAUUUGAGAUGUAA